UUUCGAUUCUAGCAAAAGAACAGAAGCUGAAGAAAAUGCUGACUCAAGAACUUCUCUAUUAAGUUCGCUGUCUGAGGCAUGGCUGGCAACUCAGGCGGAACGUAGGCUUGUGGAUGCGAUUUUAGAAGGGGUUUCUCCUUCCGUUCUUCCAGGACUACGGCAUAACAAGAAUAGUCGGAUCCACGUUUACGCCAACAUCGUUCGACAGUUGUCCAAAGUCUUGAUGCCACCUAAAUUUAAGGGUCGUAGGUUGUAAAGGUGUUCCUGGUGUUGCCGUUUGUUUUGCUUCUCCUAAGGGAGAAAGGCAGAACGAACGGGAAACAGAAACACCAAAGCCCUAGUUGUACUUGCCUCUAAUAAGUCUAGCAGUGGAGGACUAUUUUCAAGUGCACCGCGUUACGCCUUUUCUGGCAAGACGUUGAGAGGAGUGAUAGGAGAACUGUUGCCUUGUGCUUCUACUAAAAGUUGUGCUGAGACGAGCAACACGAACACGGACAUGAUCUUCGAUGGAAAAGCGCAACUACUGUGCCAACUUCUACUAGAUGCAGGGGUUAUCUAUCCUCACCCUUCUGAGAACAAAGAUCGGAGUUCGCCGCUCGUGAUUGCCUUCGAUCCGAAGCGGAAUUACAGACUGCGAGCACACAGCGGAUUUACUCGCGAACCUGCGGAAUACACACUGAAUGUUUGGAAACUGGCUGGAGCAGUUGAUGAUGGCGGAGGCAAGGAGACGGAAGCGGUUGUGGAUGCGGUUGUGGAUAUGGCAUUAUGAUGUUGAAGACUAUUUUUACUACUCAUUUUAACAUACUCAGCCGGUUAGUUUUCACCUCGACAAAAUUAGGUUUAUCCCGAGCAACAACAUAAGAAGGCAGGUGCUUCUGUGGCAUCAAACCGCUCACAAGAGAAGAGUUGAAGACUUCUAUUUUUACUACUCAUUUUAACAUAAGAAGACAAGUGCUUCUGUGGCAUAAAACCGCUCACAAGAGAAGAGUUGAAGACUUCUAUUUUUACUACUCAUUUUAACAUAAGAAGACAAGUGCUUCUGUGGCAUAAAACCGCUCACAAGAGAAGAGUUGAAGACUUCUAUUUUUACUACUCAUUUUAACAUAAGAAGACAAGUGCUUCUGUGGCAUAAAACCGCUCACAAGAGAAGAGUUGAAGACUUCUAUUUUUACUACUCAUUUUAACAUAAGAAGACAAGUGCUUCUGUGGCAUAAAACCGCUCACAAGAGAAGAGUAAGUAUUGCUUAACACGACCUCCAGCAAGUACAACAAACGUAAAGCUAGCAUCUCUCUACUCAAGAUUGUCGUCAUCGUCCUUGACUACGAAAUAAUGAGCUAUGAGUGAUCUUCAUUAGCAUCUUCUCUCUACCCACUGAGUCUCACCAGGGUUAGCAUCGUCCUCGUUCUUGACUGAAAAAGUGACCGUUUCUUUUUCUAACAGCAGAGGGUCUAGUCCUCCUCAAGCGCGCUAACCGAGUAUUCGACCGCGUGCAGAAAGAGCACAUCAAUUCAGAUUCCGGUUUAGUCGACUAUCUGGCAAUAGGUCUCGAUCCCGACUUCGAUCUCUUUCGAGCUGCUGUAGCGCAAUUACAAAGAGUCGCGCUACACAAUGACUUCUAUAAAAACGAAGAUGCAAAAAUUGCCAGUGAAGUCGCAACGAGACUGGCAACCCGCAAAGCUUUUCUGAUCAAUUGCUACAACUUACUCGUGAAACACGCUUUCGUUGAAAUGGGGAUCCCGGGAGAGGAUCUAUCCCGACUACAUUUCUUUAUGACUGAGUGUACUAGGGAAUUCAUCAUCUCCAAAUGAGGCAUGACAUCUGAAAGUGAGAGUGUUCUCAAGAAGAAAAUGAGACGCAGAUGAGUGGCCAUAUUCAGAGGGGUCAUCCUAGGAGAGAGGCUUUUCAAGGGGAAAAGAGACCCUCCAGGAUGUACUCUCUCAAGAUGGAAUGCACCCCCAGAGUCAUCUGGAAAAAAAAGCAAGAAGAAUAAACUAAACGCAGACGACUACUGGGAUGAAUUUCCUAUACCUCUAAUUUCUUCAGCGCAGCUAAGUACCUUUUUGCGAAUGGGGUGCGGCUUUCACUGCACGAAAUGGAGAAUGGUUUGUUGCGCCACAACCGAAGUGGGGUCAUUCAACUUUUACCCCCCUUAACUCCAAAACGGUUUCGACAAUUGGUGCCUUUGGAUUUAUGAAAGUUUCUUAAAUGCGAGUUAGUGUCUCUGCAAGAACAUUGCUAACUACUCUAGUAAAAAUGGAUCAACGUUGAUAGAAUCUGUUUCAAUUAUCAGAAAGAGAUUUUCACAGCAUUGAUUUUCAGAAGACGACGGACAGGUCGGCUUUGGAUGGUUACUACAACUACAUCAACGAACCUCCUAUGUUCUAAAAACCGACAGCAUCGACAACCGUUUACAUUUCGCUCUGAAUUGUGGCGCGAAGUCUUGCCCUCCGGUGAAAUGGUUUUCCGCUGAGGCUGUCGAUGAAGAGCUCAGAAUAGUGGCUGGCGCAUUCUGUGAGGAUAGUGGAAAUGUACUAUGUGUCGAGGAAGCUAGUGGAAGUAGCAGCAGGAGGAUUCAAUUUCAUGCUAGUAAGAUUUUCGAUUGGUAUCGACCGGAUUUUAAGGAUAGAAAUCUGAGUCCUUAUCACCGCGCCCUCGCAGAUGCACUUAGUGAGCACUGUCGUGGCCAGAAAAAGGCGCUUCUUGAGGGUAUUGCAGAUGGAAAGAGAACUGAUGUCGAUUUUAGAUUCUUACAUUACGACUGGAGUACGAACAGUACUGGCGCACAUAAAGAGUUUGUUGCGCGCUCGUACUUUUUUAGCGAUUUGUGGAGAUAGGAGCUGCAGAUGAACUUCAUCUAGUUGCAGCAAGGUGAAUCAGUUGCAGCAACAAGAAUUACCUAAUUCCUAACAAAGGUGGUCGC